AUGAUUCCUCUUCAAGACAGACUCCGCAUGCAGAAAGCGCGCGAAAGCGGCGAGUUCACUGACUUCGCCUUCGUCUGCGAGGGACAAACAAUCAACGUCCACAAGAUCAUCAUCUGCGGCCAGUCCACGGUUUUCCAGAGAGCAUGCACUGGGAAGUUCAAGGAAGCUUCCUCCGGGAUAUAUGACAUGAACGACCAUCCUCUUGAUGUCGUAAACAGAAUGGUUGAAUACCUGUAUACUGGAACCUAUGAGAUUCCAGAGGAUGCCGAAUUGUUCACUCAUGCCUCCAUGUUCACAUUGGCUGACAAGUAUGGCAUUGGCGGGCUGCAAGCGCUCGCGAGCAAGAAAUACUUGGAGUGCUUGGAUGAAAGCUGCAACUGGCACGACUUCACCAGUUCAAUCUCGCAAGUUUACGAGCUCCCCAGGGAAACUUCAAAGACCCUUCGGGUCGGAGCCCUCAUGAUGGCUAGAGAACACUUGGGGACCGCACUGACCGCAAUCGAACUGGGAAAUGUUAUUGACGAAUUCCUGUACGACUGCCCAGAGUUUGCGAAAGACCUUCUCAGCCUCUCUCUGAGAUUUUCACUAAUGGGUACCUGCCGCAACCCAACUUGCAUGUCGAAAAGUGCGGUUCCGAUUGAGGUCCUACAAGGUAGAUGCCAGAAAUGUGGCAAGGGGGGCGCCAGCCCCGGACUCGGUCUCCAUUUCUGGAGUAAGAUGUUGGAAUAUGAGUUGGAUGUGGAUGAGCAUGUUAAACUAGGAAAAAAUGCGUACAAUAAGUGGUACAUUUGA